GGUUGGCACAUCACACUCCACCAUGAAGCUCCUGGUAUUUGCUUCACUGAUUGCGGCGGCAGCCGCUGGUACCCUCCAGGGCUACAGUGUCUCCUCACCCUCUGGUCCAGGUCUCUCCUUAGGUGGUGUUUCAGGCAUCAGCGGUGCUGGCUUCUCUGGUGGAUCUGGAUUCGUUGGUGGAUCAGGAUUCGGUGCUGGCGCAGGAUUCGGUGGUGGUGCCGGAUUAUCUGGCGGUAUAGGAUUCGGUGGUGGCGCUGGAUUCAUUGGAGGUGGCUGUGCAGAUGGACAGAUCCGUCAUGUGGACGGAAGUUGUGUGACUCCUCAAGUCACCAGAAACUUGUACGUGUACACUGCUCCACCAGUGGCCCCACUUGUAGGCCCACGACCAAAUGUUCCUCCACCAAAGAUAGAACACAAUGUCAUAUUCAUCCGCACCCCAGAAGCCGGACCAGGUCAAGAACCCAUUAUUGUACCACCACCACAAACGAAAAAUGUUGUGUACGUCCUCAACAAGCGGCCUGAACUGGACCAACAGGUCGUACACGUACCAGCACCUGAGCAACAAACUCCUCAAGUGUACUUCGUCAACUAUGCUGAAGGUGAUAACCCAACUUUGCCCACAGGAGAGGACCUCCAGUCCGCCCUCAGCUCCGCCGCUCAUGGUGGCGGCGAGGUUAUCGGUACCGGUGGUGGUAUUGGAGGCGGUAUCGGAGGCGGUAUCGGAGGCGGUAUCGGAGGCGGUAUCGGAGGCGGUAUCGGAGGCGGUAUCGGAGGCGGUAUCGGAGGCGGUAUCGGAAUCGGUAUCGGAACCGGUAUCGGAGCCGGAAUCGGAACCGGUAUCGGAAUUGGAGGUGGUGUGAAAGACAGCGGCUUCAGUGUGUCCACACCGUCUAGUCUGUAUGGCACACCAUAAAACUGCAAACAUGACAACACCAUUUCUUCCCUCAGGCUUCAGCCUUCAUAUUGGAAGACCGUAUAACUCAUCGGCUUUAUUUAAUUUCCUGAUUUUCUAAUCUUCUUGCACAUUAUACUAUAUGAUAUUUAUUUUAUCCAUUAAAUAUAUUUAUAAAUAUAUUGUGUGACCAAUUC